AAACUUCCAAAUACGAUGUAGCACAUAUGAGGAAUUGAAAUUGUGAGAAAACCUAACAAAAAAGUACGGAACGGAGGGGAGAGACGGAGAUAGUAGUGUCAUCCCGUCUUCCCUCACCCAGUCACCCUGACGGGACGGCAAGCGGCGGAGGCGCUGUCAUCCGCUGGUCCCUUUCCUUUCCGCGCGCAUGGCGAGAAUCUUGGCCGCCGUCUGGCCGAUCGUUAAAGGCUGCAUCACCGGCGGCGUGUUCGGCAUCACCAUCGCCGACUGGAGCGCCUCCUACGUCACCUUGCACGGCGCCUCCAUGCACCCCACCUUCGACCCGCAGCAGGCCGAACGCGCUCUGGUAGAUAAGCGCUGCCUCCACCGCUACCACUUCUCCCGCGGCGACGUCGUCGUCUUCAGGUCGCCGAGGGACCAUCGUGAACUGGUGGUGAAGAGGCUGAUUGCGCUGCCUGGGGAUUGGAUCCAGAUCCCGGAGAAGCAGGAGAUCCAGCAGAUCCCGCAGGGGCGCUGCUGGGUUGAAGGUGACAAUGCCGCCACCAGCUUUGACUCGAGAUCCUAUGGCCCUGUUCCUAUGGGUCUGUUACGGGGCAGGGUCACACACAUAAUCUGGCCACCCCACAGAAUUGGCCGAGUUGACAGGAAAAUGCCCGAAGGAAGGAUUGUGCCACUGUGACCUGAUAGGUUGGUUAUCCUGCAUUCCUUUUCCAUUGUAGGGUUAGGAUAGCAAUAUGAAACUGGACUGGCUGAAGCCUCAAGAUGGACUCCACUGUUACGUGUGGGAGGGCAGUGAAACUGAUGAUAAUUUUAUAUCUGAUAAUCAUUCUCCCUGUCAGAAACAAUUGUAGGAUUGUUUGAGAAAAGAACCAAUUAUAGGGAAUGUCUGGUGAGAACCUUUGCUGCUUGCAGUUUUUUGAAUCCUUUAUGUUAUCGAGAUGUAUGAUGCAGCACUGGAAUUUUCCAUUCCAGCAAGAGAAGCAUUCCUCGCCCCCUAUGCAAAUGCCGUGGUUUUCUGAUCUCACCUGUGUGCAGGAAAAAAAAGUAGGCAUGAACAUUUUCUUGUGCUUCUUGUGCUUUGUCACGGGGUCAAUGACCAUGUUCUUACUGCUGCCAGUGGUAGCGGCGUUAUUCUGGAUGCACCGUCGUUUUGUUUUGGAUGCACCGUCGGUUCUAAAUCAUGCCGCUUCCAACAAGAGGAUCUGGCCAUGAAAAUCUUCGUUGCUAGCUCCAAAUACAAGUUGGUAGCGAUAAUUUUUUAUUCACUGAGAGCUAGUUUGGGAGCCUCCAGAAUUGGCCAUGAAAAUCUCUUCUUUAUUAAAUAAACUAGCCCUGAAGUUAACUCUCACAUCUCCCCCUCCGCUUCCUCACUUCCCUGUCCACCCCCUCUUCUCUUCCUCCCUGUCUGCCCAUAGAUCUAAUUUUUUUUCAAUGGGUAUCUAGAAGGUUGUUGAGUUUUUUUCCUUGACCUCCAAAAUCGUCUGUGAAGUAAGUUCGGAUGCAGGUGGUGGUUGCAUGCACGCUGUUUUCCUCCCCAACAGAAAAAGUCAUUCGCUCCAGUCCAGUGUAGUAAUAACCCUCCUCCGAUUCAUCCGUCAUAUCAUAUUCCUUCGCCGCACAUAUGCUUCUCCACCUGCCUCAUCGUCGGGCGAUCCUUGCUCACGAAAAGUAAAUGUCGUUCCGCUAAUUUAUUAGAUUAAUUAAAACGUAUGUUCUGUAUCCCCUACAGUACUCUCAGAAGUCGGUUCCUCUUGAUUAUUUUUUCCCCUGUCAUGAUGUCAAGGCAUUGUACCAGGCAAAUCCCAAAAACUUUCUGAACCGAAGAAAAUGUUGUUGUUGAACACAAAUUAUGAUUCUGUAAACUUGAAGAAACAAGCCUUGGGCCAGGCACAUCGAACUUACAUUACAUAACCCUGAUUCCGUUCUCUAAUCCCUGCUCGAUCUGGGCUCACCUAUUCUCCAGCGUGAAUCUUCGUAAUUUGACUGCGCAUUAUAAGAAAGGAAAUAUACCAGAUGCAUUUUACUCCGCAUGUAUGGCUCGGUAAAUCAGGGAUGCGUUACCGAUAGAUUAGCUUACAGCCUAAGCUGUAUAUUUAUAUGCAUGUGUACUGGCUCUUUUCUCUCUUAUUUUCUUGAAAAAUAAUGUCACAUGUUCAGUAUAUAUCAAAUAACGUGUGUACAUGUACAUGUUUUUUUUUAUCUGCAGAGAUCUGUGCCACUAUAUAACCAUGGAGAUCCCUUUUUGCAAAAGCUAGAUGUGCAAGUCCGAAUGCUGGCUCCAGAAGAAGCUACGUGGAGUCAUCACACUCAGGCAAUACAGGUGUGUGAAAGGAGGAGGGAUCACGGGCCGGUGUCACUGUCUUGUUUGUAAAGAUGUGCCUCCAAAUUAAUCCGCAAAACUGGAGGGGCAAAGGCAUGAUCGCAAAGGGGGAAAAAUGAAUCGGUGUAGUUAAUUGUCAUGUCUUUGCUAGCGUUGCCUUGGAAAUUUAAGAUAACAGUCAAUUUAAGUCUUGAGAGUUGUCUCUGUUUGCUUUUAUCUUUUAUCAAGCCGUAGUGUCAAGUGCUGCUCCGAAAAUCUUUGGUUCAAGUUCAAUAAUACUAUUGGUAACUAGUUUUUUUAUUUGCCCAUAUCAUAUUGAUCAUGUAAGGCCGUGCCCUGCAUAGCGUGCGCGUAAAACACUGUUUUGUAUUAUAAAGUGCAUUAUGCGUGCAUGUAAAACACUGUUUUAUAUUGUA